GUCGUGGUCUCAAGCUUCGUACAAGCAAAGCCUUUGAGCUUUUCAUCAGCACAAGGGCCUGAGUUUGUCGGUGUGGCCACGCACAUCGAGAGCAACUGAUACAGGCCUCAUGCCAGUGUCAGCAUUCCCGCGCUGCAGGCUGCAGGAUGCUUGAAGUGGGAUGCCUUAUGUGCGAUCCUUCUGCUCACAGCCAUCCUUGGCAAGCAAUGGGUUGGGCUACAUCCAGCAAGCAACCCAAGCCCGGCGAAAGCUUUUGGGAAACAUCCCACGUUGGAUUCAAACAGCUGUAUCAAGAGAGGGCAAGUUUAAAGCAAAUGGAAACAAAUGGAAACUGCUAAAUCUGUCAAUCAAAGGGGUUCCAUGCACAUAUUAACAAUAGCCGCUCGUGCAGUGUCCUCAAAAAAUGAUUUUAGUGCGGUCCUAUUGCGCAUGAGCACAGCAGUUUUCAAAGCUUUUCAGGCUGUGCCUCGGAUCAAUUGCCAGAGUGCGGAAUUUUGGGACCUGGCGAUUGGCUUAGCUUGGCAAAGAUCCAGGUUCAACACUAUGUAAAAUGGAUCGAGCUUGCCUCCCUUGAUGGUGGAUAUGGGAAAAUCUCCAUACAUUUGGGGAGGGACACAGGCAAACCACUUUAUCGCCCGAAAGCUUGAGAAGGCGGAGAUUGAAGCGCAGGGAGGCAAGUUAAGCUUCACAUACACUCUAACACUAGCACAUGCGAUCAACCGGUUCGACCAGGUGGACGCUGCAUAAACUUGCACAAAGGAUAUGGCCGCCUGAAAAAUUUGCUGUAGCCGUCUAUGGCCAAUAUCAUGGCAGAGUCAGAAGGGUGAGGGCUAUCCUGUUGAGGUCUCACGCUCAAUAGUGAUGAAAUUUCAGAAGGCACCCCACGGCUGAGGAGGUCUAACUAACAACAACUUCCAAACGUCAGCAUCGGACUAACUCAUCAAGUGCACAAUGUGUUCCUAAAAGUGAGAUCCAUCAGGGAGUCAUCUGACUGCUGGUCCUGUGGCUUCCGCACCAAGCAAAAACUCCUCGCGUCACAAAUCGCCACAGUAGCCGACAUUCUGUCUUUGUCCUUCUUCUCACCUGCUUAAAGUGGUCGUUUUGUGGGUCACUUUGGGGAAUUUGAAAAGCCUCUCCGAAUAAGCAGGCCGCUACAGAAUCAGAGUGGCUUUGUUGUGGGCCCCUUUUGUGGAGUUCCAGUUGAUGAAAAAUUGUCUUGCAGUGGAUCUUUCACACCAUCGGUGAGUAGGCUGGUCCAAUGCUCUCUUUGUGUAUCGAUGAAUGGGCCAACCUGUGUCUUCCGAUUCUGCCUUUACUGAUUUUCGGUUCACUACGAAGCCAAGACAUGCCUUCGCAGCUAAAUGACAGCUUGUACAAGGUCUCGUUCGUAAAACUAGCCCAUGCUUGCUGCCGUCCAACAUGUCUCUUACAAUCUGCAACAUAUGCCUAGCGCUACAACGAGUCUCAGAAUCUCUGCUUCUUUUGGCGCCUCCUCAGAAGCUGCCUAGACGGCAGCAGGAAGCGGGAGUUGCAAAAUGUGUCAAUAAUCAAAGUCGAUUCGAUAUGAUGAAUGCAGCAGCUCGUUGAUUCGGCCUGUACCGUACAGGUCACUCAGGGUCCCAAAGAAAAGCCUCUCUGAAUAAGCAGGCCGCUACAGAAUCAGAGUGGCUUUGUUGUGGGCCCCUUUUGUGGAGUUCCAGUUGAUGAAAAAUUGUCUUGCAGUGGAUCUUUCACACCAUCGGUGAGUAGGCUGGUCCAAUGCUCUCUUUGUGUAUCGAUGAAUGGGCCAACCUGUGUCUUCCGAUUCUGCCUUUACUGAUUUUCGGUUCACUACGAAGCCAAGACAUGCCUUCGCAGCUAAAUGACAGCUUGUACAAGGUCUCGUUCGUAAAACUAGCGCAUGCUUGCUGCCGUCCAACAUGUCUCUUACAAUCUGCAACAUAUGCCUAGUGCUACAACGAGUCUCAGAAUCUCUGCUUCUUUUGGCACUUUUUCAGAAGCUGCCUAAACGGCAGCAGGAAGCGGGAGUUGCAAAAUGUGUCAAUAAUCAAAGUCGAUUCGAUAUGAUGAAUGCAGCAGCUCGUUGAUUCGGCCUGUAUAUACAGGUCACUCAAGGUCCCAAAAGAAAAGCCUCUCUGAAGAAGCAGGCCGUUACAAGGUGUCUUUGUUGUGGGCCCCUUUUGUGGAGUUCAAGGGAAAUUUGUAGAUCUUUCGCCGUUGAUGCAUAGGCUACCCCCAAAUCCUCGUAUCGACGAUCUGCCCUGCAUUCCUGCUUUACGAGAUGGCCUCUCCGUUCUGCAGGCAAGAGCUGAUGAACAGUGGCGCCUGCAGCUAUUGAAUGCCCUGCCAUGUGACGGUUUGUCCGAGGUCUUGCUCCUCCUGAACUUGGUGCUCCCUUUCUCUACAAAAUAUGAUAUGCCUUUCUCUUGCUGCAGCGUCUAGCCGUCACAGCUGCCCCAAAAUUACCUCUCUCUCUAUGUUCAAAAAAUAUUUCAGAAUCUUUGCUUGCCUCUAGAAGGUGCACCACUGGCAAGGGGGGGUACAAAAUGUGUCCAAAUCAAUCUUGUUUCGAUAUGACGAGCGCCAGAGCUGAUUCGGCCUGCACAAGUUCCUUAAGCCCCCAAAAGUGAUGUUGUGGGACCCUUUUGCUCCAUGGAUGUUGUCGAUAUUGUCACGGCGAAUCUUUGUUCGCGUAUCGGUGAAUAUGCCGACCUGAAUCUCCCGAUUCUUCCUUUACGAGAUGGCUUUGCCCUUCGGGCUCACCAGACAUGAGCUGGAUCACCUGAUCUUUAGGCAUGUCGAAGCCAAAGUGAUGUGCGAAAAAAAGACAAUACCUGCGCAGCUGUUUGAUGGUUUGACGUCCUGCUCCUGAAAUUGGCACAUGCUCCCUGCCACCUAUUCUCUACUCUCAACGAUCUACCGACACGUCUCCACAAGAGACUUUCUUGGACUCUUUGUGUUGCGCUUGUGCUUCUUCAGAAGCUGCAUAAGGCCUGCCGCACUGACAUUUCUAAGCUUGUUGCAUCGCGCCUGUUCUGUACAUCCAGGGUCUGGCUCGCGCUGACAAGCUGAACACUUUAUAAACGUUACAUUCCUGACUCACAGUGCAGCAAACUGUAAACUCCUCCGAUACAUGCGUCAGUGUGCAAUGAACGGCUCGACUCAACUCCGUAAACGUUACAUGCCUCAGGCAGUGAACCAGCUCUUGCGUUACAUGUCACAGAGUGCAAUGAACUGCCUGACUUUUGAAACACGUAACGGGCCACAUAGUGCACUGAACAGCUCUAAACAUCAGGUGCAAACCUACCCACCCAACGCCAUGGAGGGCACUGGCAAGUGGGAGUUGCAAAACGUGUCAAAAAUCAAAGUUGACGGGAUACAUCUGCAAAGGACCAAAGGACCAAAGGCUUGGCUAUAUCUGCAAACACUCUAGUGAUGAGUACUCAAUCUAGAUGGAUCUAAAUGGACAUUCAAUCCCCAUGCUUGGGACACCGCAUAGUUGUGCCAUGUUGCCUCAGCUUGCUUUCUCCAUCUUCCACCCACGGACUUUCAAAAUCGCGUUGCGCAGCUCACCUGGAAGCGAUCCACUGCAGAACACCACGCCUCUCCACAUACAUGCCUGGUCAUGCACCAGAACACAUGCAGCUUAUGUAGAAGUCUAACUUUCCUCCAACCCACCUGUGGGAGGUCAGGGAAGACAUCAUGGCUGUUUGGAACUGAACAUGGCCUGGCAGCUACAUGAGGCAACAAGCGACCUGACCCUUCUGCUAAAGCUAUCCGCGCAUUCCCACCAUGGAGAGUCUUGACAGGUGUGCACAAGGUCCUGCAGGUGGAUCAACUCACGAUCGUUCCAACCUAAAGGAAUCUCUUCCAAGUGAGCAUUUGACGAAGUGCUCAAGCCUUGAUCAAGCUCAAAAUAUGCACCAAGGUGACUGAAGUGGACAAGUUACAAUUCCAACUUAGCCACAUGGCCCCUUGACAAGGUCAGCUUCAGAGUCGGGAGGUUGUCAAGAUUCAACUACACAUUUGAGACACAUGGCCGGAAUGUGAAUGCUCCGCAUCCUGACCACCAAUCAAAACACCCCAACACAUUUAAGGAUAUACGAUGUGAAAACACAAACGUGGAGCCGGCGGAUGUAGGUGGGGCAAAUGCCCCUGUUUCUGAAGCCAAGAGGCACACAGUCAAAAUGCACCUUGGAAAACCGAAAUGAGAACGUUGGCGGGAAGAGGCAACUGCAGGGCGGCCAUUGGUUUGCGGGUCAGCCACAAGAACGCUCCUGCACACCGGCGAUUCUCGCUUCUAAAUCAGCGCUAGGGCCAAGACGUGAGUGUUCGAGGGCAGUAAGCCCUGCUUCUUAAAGGAUCACAUGCUCUUGUAGUGUUUGGGCACUUGGCAGUGGAACUCUGUGUGUUGGCGGGCUUGAGUAGGAACUCCGGGAUGCUCUGGCAACUCUUGACUGAGCAACUGCCAAAAAGCCUGGUUGGUCGGAAAAGCGUCCUGCAGCAAUACGGUUCUUUACAUUGACAUUGGGGCCUUGAAGGCUCAUAUGGCUUUCUGAUAUGAAUUGCCGCGAAAACUUGAAGCACACCUGAGCAAAUCAUCAUAUACAAGCGUGACCUGACGUUGCGCUGAUCAUUGAAGUAUCAAGUCUAUAGGGCCUAUAGGGGCAUGUCUUCCUGCUUUCACUCCCUGAGGCAGGAACUAGGUUGGCAGGGGCUCUCUCUGGGAGGGUUGGAUGAACAGGCCAUUACUUCGAAUUCCUCAGACCUGCUAGGCGUUUGGCCCCAGGCCCGUGAGCCUUCAAGAAGGUUCAAUGCAGGUCCCUGCGCCCACCAGCACGUGUGCUGGAGUUGCAUAAGGCAUUUGAUCAUAUUGGAUCAUAGGGUCUGAGCUCAUUCCCCAGUUCCUCGAUGUACUCCUGGCCUCUACACCAGCAAUCCCAACACUAAGCACUCGG